AUGGCCCCUUACCCCCAUCCCCCCAUGUCUCCCUCAUCAACUACCCCGAGCCAUCCAGCUCAUACGCUGUCUACCCAUACCCUCCAUCUACCGUUAUCCACCAUGGCUCUUGAUCCACGGCCCCCGGCAACCCCAAGUGUCGCUGCCUUACGACCAAAUCCAUACAAACAUCACCCUACACCCGUCUGGACUAGGUCCCCCCCAGUCAUAUUUGACAGACAAAAGACCAUUCUUCCACGCGAGCUGUCUCUUACUGUCCCUGAAGAUGUACUCCAGACAUUCAACAUCGUCCGCCAAAAAGCAGACGCCGCGCUCAAAGGUUUCCUCUUUCUUGAACAGAGGUAUAGGUACCGCUACUAUUACCUCUGUCCUCUCAAACCAUUACAGCGCAUCAGGAAGCACAUCAACUCAAUCGACAGGUUACUCAACUGGAGCACAAACCGCAACGAAUUCACAUCUGUGUCGGCAAAAAUCCCCGCCUGCGUCAUCAGCUUCAAGGUCGACGAAGCAGCGUAUGCGGAGUUUACCGCCUCGUUCAACAAGUUUCGAGAGGGAUACCUCCGGGGGCCAUAUCGCACUUGGCUCAACGCUGAUUCUUACUUUGGCGCCUAUAUUGACGACGCUAAUAUGCCCAUGUACACUCGGCGCAUGCUUAUCGAAUGGUGGAAUGGGUUCAGGGGGGAGAUGCGGGUCUGGGAAGAAAAGGCACAUUCGCUCACGCUGCCGAGCUGGCAGUCCAUUAUUGCAGAGCUAGCGGGUAUCAUCGAGGAACGUAUCGAUCUGCAGCGUGAAUGGGACAUUUGGCUUUGA